UAUGGGGUAGAAAACCCAUGAAAGAUUUACCUUGUUUAAAAAAAAAUCCACAUCGUUUCAUACGUAUUAUAUGUUGGGGCACCAUUAUUUAGUUUAUGUGGUUGCACAUGGUGAGUUACUGGUGCUACUCCUUGCUAUUUUUACCACAGCACAACUGGUGGUGGUAGAUAUAAGUGAAGACUUAAAGCAAAUCCUGUACCAUCAUUUUUUUCCACACAAGAAAUCUAAAUGCCCCCAGAUAUUGAGUGAAAUCCACGCUGAGAAAGUGGCUGUGACAUCAUGUUUACAUCCUGCUAGGAUGGCAUCUAGGAUUUCUUGUCUCUGCCAAUGUAAGCUCUUUUAGUAGGUGUGGUCUAUUAUAAGCCUCAAAGGCAUAAUGGCUAAAGUAGAAAGAACAAAGACUGUGGGUCUUUAAGGAAGUUUUAUUAAUCUGCAGGCGUCUUCCCAGUAUUUUCUCCUCUUUUUAUCGCUAGAAAAGCAGUGAAGACUUACAUCACUCCUCUAAUUGCCCUUCGACUGAAAGUUACAACCAAAAGCUGCACAAUGUGGCAUCGUAUCAAUAUUUUAUUUUGCGAGUUGUGUGGUAAAAAUAGCAACAGGUAGCGCUUGUAGCUUAUUAAGUGCAAUCAUUUCAUGUCAAUUAAAUAAUGGCGCCCACCAUAGUCCAAAAUAUGUAUAAUACAAUGUAGAUUUUUUUAAACCUUAAAUCUUUAACGCGUUUUCUACAGCAUAUUUCAUUAAGAGACAUGAUUUAUGUUAUAUUAAGCCUUUAUACCCUGGGUUUCUUUUAAUAAAAGACUGCAUUACCCAGAGUUCCAGGCUCCGUUUCUAUAGCAACCAUUUGACAACAAUAAACUAACUUAACAGAAAGAGUUCAUGUUCAUUCCUCCUGAGGAAUUUGGCUUUGCAUUUGUUCAUUGAUACGGUUAAAGUGCAAAGAUUAGGUUAGAUAAACAAGCCAUGGGAAGAGACUAUUACGCUAUUUUGGAAAUAAACCGCAACGCGACUGAUGCUGACAUAAAGAAGGCCUACCGGCGACUCGCGUUGAAGCAUCACUCGCGCAGCAACAGCCACGCGAGCGCCGCCGAGCGCUUCACUUUUCUUGCAGAGGCGUUUGACGUGCUGAGCGACCCACGUAAAAAGGCCACAUAUGAUAAGUUUGGAGAGGAGGGUUUGAAAGGAGGAAUCCCGUCUGAGCUGGGAGUGAACGGCGCCUGGUCAUCAGGAUAUGUGUACCACGGAAAUGCAGAUGAAACAUUCAGACAGUUUUUCGGAGGAGAUAAUCCUUUUGCAGAUUUCUUCACUAGUGAUGGCAAUGAGGACAACACAGAUUUUAAGAGCUUGCGUGGGCAAAAAGAAAAGUUGCAGGAUCCACCAAUAGAGAGAGACCUUCACCUUGCCUUGGAGGACCUUUAUUAUGGAUGCACUAAAAAAAUAAAAAUAUCCCGCAGGGUCAUGAAUGAAGAUGGACACACAUCCAGCAUUAGGGACAAAAUCUUAACAUUCAUUGUAAAAGCAGGAUGGAAUGAAGGGACAAGGAUCACAUUUCCAAAAGAGGGAGACCAGGGACCAAACAACAUCCCAGCAGAUAUUGUGUUUGUCAUACGGCAAAAGCAUCAUCCACGCUUUGUCCGCCAAAAUGAUGAUCUGUACUACACAGCACAUAUUUCUCUUGAGAAGGCUUUGACUGGCUUCUCAGUAGAAGUUGAAACACUAGAUGGCAGGCUUCUCAACAUCCCCAUCAAUGACAUUGUGCACCCUCAAUACACCAAAAUUGUGAGCGGGGAGGGAAUGCCGCUAGCCAGCAACCCAUUGAAGAGAGGGGACCUGAUCAUGCGCUUUAUUACACAAUUUCCAGAGAAGCUCUCACCGGAAAAGAAACAGCUUCUGAAACAAGCUCUCUCAUCAAAACUCAUCCAGGCAUCUUGAAGUCCAUUUGGUCACGAAUAUCAUUCAUAAUAGAAAAUA